AUGCCACGCGAUAUAGAAGAAGAUUACGAUAGUGAAGAGGAGGAGUUGGUCACCCGUCUCGAGGACUUUGAGCCUCCCGUACAGGUCGAUACAUCCUUCAGCAAGUUCAUCAUCAUAGACAACAUCCCAAUCACAGACAAGGAGAAGAUUGAGAAGCUCAACAAUGUGCUCAGGACCUUCAUCACCAAGACAACUGGUGCCGAGCUCGCCUCCUUCCACAUUCCAUUCAACGCUGCGACAAACAAGAACAAGGGAUACUGCUUUGCCGAGUUUGCCAAGCGCGAUCAGGCCGUCGAGGCCGUCAAGCGUCUGGACAACAUUCAGUUCGACAAGGCACACGCCCUGCGCGCCAACCUCUUGGACGAUCACAAGACCCUCACCAACAUCAGCGAGACCUACGUCGCCCCCACCGCCAAGGAGUACGUCGAGAAGGAGGACCACUACCAGUGGCUCUACUCGAACCGCUCCCUCAAGGGCUUCGAUCAGUUUGCCCUGCGCUACGGAGACACCACCGAGAUCUGCUGGAACGAGAUGAAGAUGGGCAAGCCCAUCUCGGAGAAGGUGCAGAACAACUGGACAUCGACAUACGUGCAGUGGUCCAACUCGGGCAGCUACCUCGUCACCAUCCACAAGGAGGGAGUCGCCCUCUACGGAGGCGAGAGCUGGUCUCAGAUCGGCCUCUUCAAGCACAACAACGUCAUGAUCGUCGACUUCUCCCCCGAGGACAAGUACAUGAUCACCUUUGCCCCACCCGAAUCACCAAAGGACCAAAAGUCCAUCAUCGUCUGGGACGUCCGCAGUGGCCGUCCACUGAGAGGUUUCCCCUCGCCACCAAAGGACCAGUUCCAAUGGCCAGUGUUCUCAUGGUCCGCCAAGGACACCUUCUUUGCCAAGCAGAGCGAGGGAGGCAUCGACAUCUACGAGGCCUUCACCUGCAACAUGCUCAAGAACAAGACCUACCCAAUCGCCAACCUCAAGUCCUUCACAUGGUCGCCCACCGACCCAUACAUCUGUUACUUUGUUCCCGCCACCGCCACGAUGCCAGGCCGUAUCGUGAUUGCUGAGGUCCCCACCAUGAAGACCCUGGCCGAGAAGAGCAUCUGGGAGGCCACCGACGCCCGUAUGCAUUGGCAGAACCAGGGUGACUACCUGUGCGUCAAGGUCGACAGGUCCACCGCCAAGCCAAAGAAGACCAACCAGCCACUGCCCACCAACUUUGAGCUGUUCCGUAUGCACGAGACCAACAUCCCCAUCGAGAACUUUGAGGUGCCAGGCGCCAUCAAGGCCUUUGCCUGGGAGCCACGUGGAAAGAAGCUGUGCAUCAUCUACGGAGAGCACCGCACAGAGAUGACCGUCGCCUUCUUUGAGGUACAGAAGAACAAGGUGAUCCUGCUCACCAAGCUGGAGCACAGAAAGCUCAACUCGAUCUACUGGUCGCCACGCGGUACCUACAUCGUGCUUGCCCAGGUUGGCGACACUGGUGAGUUGGAGUUCUACAACACUGCCAGUCUCGAGACAAUGGCCACCGACGAGCAUAUGUCUUGCACUCAGAUCGACUGGAACCCAUCUGGUCGUUACGUGACCUCCACCGUCUCGUUCUUCAAGGUGCAGACUGAUACCGGUUACAAGAUCUGGACAUUCGCUGGCGAGCCCGUGUACCAGGUACUCAAGGACCGUUUCAAGCAGUUCACAUGGCGUCCACGCCCACCCAUGAUCCUCACCUCUGACCAGCUCAAGUCGAUCCAGAACCGUACCAAGGAGUACGCCAAGAGAUUCAAGGCCGAGGACGACGCCGAGGCUGCCAGAAUCAAGGCCGAGGAGGAUGGACAUCUGAACGUUCUGAUGCAGGAGUUCCUCAACCUGCUGCAAAAGGGAGAGCGCGAGUACCAGGAGUUGGCUCCACUGCGCCAGAAGCUCAACAUCCACGAGGAUAUCGAGUCCGCGGAUGAGUACGAUGCCUUUGAGAAGGUAGAAGAGAUCAUUGACGUCACUACACAGCCCGUCAAGAAAUAA